UCUUCGAGGCCAGGACUGGGUGAUGGUGUCGCUGCUCCCACCACAAUCUGACAUCACACUGCCGGGCCCCACCAGACUGGAGGGCGAGCCCCAAGGGGACCUCAUGCAGGCGCCGGGCCUCCCAGGCUCCCCUGCCCCACAGAGCAAGCACGCCAGCUUCAGCUGCUCAUCCUUUGUGCCUGAUGGCCCUCCAGAAAGAGCACCCUCACUGCCCCCACACAGCCCCAGCAUCGCGUCACCAGGCCCUGAGCAAGUGCAGGGCCACUGCCCAGCGGGCCCCAGCCUGGGCCCCUUCCGGCUCUCACCCUCGGACAAGUACCCCAGUGGCUUUGGAUUUGAGGAGGGCCCGGCAGGCAGCCCGGGACGCUUCCUCAAGGGCAGCCAUGUGCCUUUCCACCCGUACAAACGGCAUUUCCAUGAGGACGUCUUCCCUGAGGCCCAGACUGCCCUGGCCCAUGAUGGACGCUCCUUUAAGACCCUGGGGCCACUGGAAGUCUUUGAAGAGAUCCCUGUGGAUGUGGGCGAAGCAGAGGCUUUCCUGCCUGGCUUUUCAGCAGAGGCCUGGUGCAAUGGGCUUCCCUACCCAAGCCAGGAGCACAACCCCCAAAUCCUGGGGUCAGAGGUCAAGGUCAAGCCCCCAGCUUUGGAGAGUGGUCCUGGAAUGUACUGCUACCAGCCCCCCUUGCAACACAUGUACUGCCCCUCUCAGCCUCCCUUUCAUCAGUACUCACCAGGUGGUGGCAGCUACCCUGUACCCUACCUGAGCUCCUCACACUACCCAUACCAGCGGAUCGCACCGCAGGCCAGCACCGAUGGGCACCAGCCUCUCUUCCCAAAACCCAUCUACUCCUACAGCAUCCUCAUCUUCAUGGCCCUUAAGAACAGUAAAACCGGGAGCCUUCCUGUCAGCGAGAUCUACAACUUUAUGACGGAACACUUUCCUUACUUCAAGACAGCACCUGAUGGUUGGAAGAAUUCUGUUCGUCACAACCUGUCCCUGAACAAGUGUUUCGAGAAGGUGGAGAACAAAUCAGGAAAUUCCUCUCGAAAAGGCUGCCUGUGGGCCCUCAAUCCAGCUAAGAUCGACAAGAUGCAGGAAGAGCUGCAGAAGUGGAAGAGGAAAGACCCCAUUGCUGUUCGCAAAAGCAUGGCCAAGCCAGAAGAGCUGGACAACCUCAUUGGAGAUAAGAGGGAGAAGCUGGGCUCCCCACUGCUGGGCUGCCCACCCCCUGGGCUGGCAGGCUCGGGCCCCAUCCGGCCUCUGGCACCCCCAGCUGGGCUCUCCCAACAGCUGCACUCACUGCACCCAGCAGCUGGCCCCAUUCCUGGCAAGAACUCCCUGCAGGACCUACUGGGGGGACAUGCACCCUCCUGCUACGGGCAGACAUACCCGCACCUCUCACCAGGCCUGGCCCCUCCUGGACCCCCACAGCCUUUGUUCCCACAGCCGGAUGGGCACCUUGAGCUGCGGGCCCAGCCAGGCACCCCCCAGGACUCACCUUUGCCUGCCCACACCCCACCCAGCCACAGCGCCAAGCUGCUGGCAGAGCCAUCCCCUGCCAGGACCGUGCAUGACACCCUGCUACCAGAUGGAGACCUUGGCACCGACCUGGAUGCCAUCAACCCCUCUCUCACCGACUUUGACUUUCAAGGAAAUCUGUGGGAACAGCUGAAGGAUGAUAGCUUGGCCCUGGACCCCCUGGUACUGGUGACCUCGUCGCCGACACCAUCUUCCAUGCCACCGCCACCACCACCACCCCACUGCUUCCCCCCUGGGCCCUGCCUGGCUGAGACAGGCAGUGGGGCGGGUGAGCUGGCAGCACAAGGCAGUGGGGGUUCCGGGGCACUGGGUGACCUGCACCUCACCACCCUCUACUCAGCCUUCAUGGAGCUGGAGCCCACGCCUCCCACAGCCCCUGCUGGCCCAUCUGUGUACCUCAGCCCCAGCUCCAAGCCCAUGGCCCUGGCAUGAGCUGUGCCUGGCAUCAGUUCCAGCCUUUGCCUGACCUAGAAGUCCCAGCUGGCCGCCCACAUUGGGCUCACCUGAAAGGUCAAGGAAGGAAAGCACUACCUGUCCCUUAUGCCACUAAGCCAACUUGUUUGUUAGCUGGCAGCAGGGGGUGUAGAGGACACCACUCUAGGACGCUGCCCCUCACACAUUUCUUCCACCUGGUAGGCCAGCGCCUCACUCAGGGCCCCUGAAGAACAAAUUUCUGGGCAAGAAGAAAACAAGUCUCCCUAGCUUACUGAGAUCCGCACUUGAACCCACGUGUACACACAUACACAAAAUUACUCAAAAGCAAACCCAUCCACACACUUUGUACCCAGAGAAAUCAACUCUAUGUAAAGAAAACCUGACUUCAUUUCUGGGGCAACUGAGAGCUGAGGACUUUGGUUACCAAAAGCACAGGAACCCCAUGCCAGGUCAAAGACCACCUCAGGACCCCAUUCUGACAUCAGCAUUCUCUGCAGGUUAUCGCCCUCCAGGAAUAUUCUUUCCCAGAAGCCUCCAAUAUUUAUUCCCCCAUCUUCAUCCCAACAGCCCAGGAAGGAGGGGGAGACAUAGAACCUCUCCCCAAGUUGUCUCUGGGCACUCCAAGGGGGCAGAGGACCUGAGAUACUGCCACUUAGUAACACCACUCUGACCAGGCUCCGCUCAUCCUCCAUCUGGCCUCCCCUGGGUGACACACAGGAGAGGGCAA